AUGACAAAUGACACAAGGGUGACUGAAUUCAUCCUGAAGGGCUUCUCAGACGUGCUUGAGAUGAGGGUUGUGAGCUCCAUGCUGUUCCUCAUCAUCUACCUCUUUGCCCUCCUGGGCAACAUCUCCAUCAUCACAGCCGUGACCAGGGACAGCCACCUGCACACUCCCAUGUACUUCUUCCUAAAGAAUCUCUCCUUCCUGGACAUGUGCUACACCUCAGUUACUGUCCCCAGGGCGCUGGUCAGUUCCCUUGCAGGCUCCAAUGUCAUCUCCUUCUGGGAGUGUGUGGCCCAGCUCUUCCUCUUUGUGACACUGUGUGCCUCGGAAUGCUUCCUGCUCACGUCCAUGGCCUAUGACCGCUGCAUGGCCAUCCACAGGCCUCUCUUCUACAGUGUCAUCAUGAGCAGAAAGCUGUGCUCAGAGCUGGUUGCAGUGGCCUGGCUGAGCGGGGCUCUCUAUGCCAUCUUCCACACUGCCAACACCUUCACCCUCCCCUUCUGUGGGCCCAAUGUCAUUGACCACUUCUUCUGUGACAGCGCCCCCAUCAUGAGGCUCUCCUGCAGUGAUGCCCGCACCCACAAGGAGGUGGGCUUUGCUGUGGGUGGCUGUGUGAUUCUUGGGGCCUGUGCCCUCACUGUCCUCUCCUAUGUCUGCAUCGUCACUGCUGUCAUGCAGAUCCACUCUGCGUGUGGCCCCCGGAAGGCCUUCUCCACCUGCUCCUCACACCUUGUCACGGUCAGUCUGUUUUACGUCACGGGGAGCUUUGCUUACCUGACGCCCACGGCCCAGUACUCACCUACCGAGGGGCGCUUAGUGUCUGUGUUCUACUCCAUCCUCACGCCCAGCCUGAACCCCGUUGUGUACUGUCUGCAGAACAGAGACAUGCACACGGCCCUAAGGAAGCUGCUUGUCCGGUCCAGGUGA